UAAAUGUGCCUUCCGUUCCCCUAAAAAAUUCUUUAUUCUUUAUUCUCUUUCUACAAUAAUGAAAUUCUUCAAGAGUGUACAUACUUUUAAUUACGAGUGGAACUUGGUUUCUGCUGCUCAAUGGCAAAAGUAUCCUAAUGAACACUGUCCUCAUGUGCAGCAUGUGGAUGUACUUGACCGUAAAGUGGACCCUGAGACAGGUGUAUUGACUACGGAAAGAUUAAUUACCGUUAAACAAAAUAUGCCUCGAUUAAUGUUGAAGUUAAUGGGAGCUGAUGAAACACAAUACGUCAGAGAAGUGUCGACUAUCGACCCACAUGCAAAGACAUUUACGCUUACAAGUCAAAACUUGUCAUUGUGUAAUAUUAUGAAAUGUACUGAAGAAAUAUCCUAUACCGUUUCACCUGAAAAUCCAGAAAAAACGCAAUUUACGCAACAAGCAACCAUGUCCGUUGGUAGCUUUUUGUCUCGUUGGGAAAGUACAAUUGAAGACUUUUCGAUAAAACGGUUUCAACAGAAUGCUUUGGUGGGUCGACAAGGAUUUGUGGAAGUCCUUGAGCGAUUCGUAGUGAUGGCUGAAGCAGCUAAGCAAUCAUAGAUUAUAACUCUUUUAACUGAAACAAAAAUAUCAGGUGUACGCAUAGAUUCACCCGCACCUUUCUAUAACCCCCUCCCCCUCCCCCCUCCAUCUUUAAUACAUCAUAAUGUAAUGAUCAUUACAAAUAAACAUCAUAUUUUUCCUCUUG